AAAAAAUAAUACAGUGAUUUCUAUACCUGAAGGAGCAUAGCGGUUUUUUUUUUUUAUUUCUUUCAUUUUUUUAGACUCUCUACACCUAUUUCCUGCAAUAUUUUAUAAUAUCCCAGUAAUCUGUCAGGCAAAAGGGAUACAGUGACGUUUUAUGAAUGCGACCAUACACGGAAGGGGUUUGACUAAAAUCAACAACAUUUCUACUCAUAAUGGCGGGAGUUGAUGUUAAGGCAGGAACAAUUUAAUAAAGAAACCACAGAGAGAUUAGCAGCAACUGCGAGCAAAUUAUUUAUUUUCUUUUCUCACGGUUUUUGCCAGCUGAAUUCUGUUCUCCCUUUUUAAGUAUGUUUGAACAGUGUUUACAUCCUGUCUUGAGAGCGUAACAAGCCUUAAAAAUAAAGAAAGAAAAAAUGUCUGAUAGAAAACUGCCAGAAUGGAUGUCUUCAGAAGCUUAUGAGGCAGUUGCAAAGCAAACCAAGACUCCCCCAAGACCCCACAAGAAGAAUGUUCUGGAAGAUAACCUUCCAUAUCUGGAGUUCCCAGGCUCUGUUGUUUAUAGCUAUGAAUCUGGUGACUGUUCUUUUCUGUCAGAGGAUUUGAGGGAUACUCUUGCAGCAGGUUCUGCAGUAGGGUUUGAUAUAGAAUGGCCGCCGUUCACCAAUGGAAAAGCAGGAAAGGUGGCCCUCCUCCAGUUGUGCCCGUCAGAAAAGAAGUGUUACCUCUUCCACCUGUCUUCCAUGUCAGGUUUUCCAUCUGGUCUGAGACGUUUACUAGAGGAUGAAACAAUCAAGAAGGUGGGAGUUGGAAUAGAGGGAGACAGGUGGAAGCUUAUGAGUGACUUUGACAUUAAACUGAGUGGCUUUGUGGAGCUCAGUCAUAUCGCUAAUGAGAAGCUUAAAUGCAUAGAGAAGUGGAGUCUUGAUGGUCUGGUGAAACAGUUGUUGAAGAAGCAACUGCUAAAGGAGAAGUCGGUGCGCUGUAGCAACUGGGCUGACUUUACACUCACUGAGGACCAGAUAAAGUACGCAGCCACUGAUGCCUAUGCUGGACUUCUAAUCUAUCAGAAGCUUCAAAGUAAGGCUACUCAAUUGGGAGAGACAGUUUUGCAGCUGGAUAUAAAAGAAAAACUUAAACGUGUGUCCAGUGAAAUCCAGGAUUUAUUAAGUCAGGUUCCAGAUACAGUCAGUUACAGCAGAGGAGCUUCAGGUCUGUUAGACGACGUGUCCUUGAGCCUAGGUGCUUUGAGAAGCUUGCUGCUGGGGAGCACCUCCAAAACUGAGGCUCGAGUGGAAGAUGAACUUGAUCCUGAACUGCUGAUGGAAACCGCAGCUGAAGAACACAGCCCCUGCUCUGUCCAGAUGGAUUACAUAAAACCGAGGAUAUCUGGAGGCCAAGACUUCAACAAUUCAGGAUUGGACCUCUUCAACAAUGCUGCUGAUGGUGCUGAAUCUUCUACAUCCGAGCAGAAGCUUGGUGAUUCUCACCCUAUGCCUAAACAAAAUGUAGAGAGAGAAUGCAUGAUGUCACUGGACAUCACUGAAUGUGAACUUCAGAUGUUAGAGAAACAAGCCCAGGAAGAGGAUUUGGAGGACAGUGCUCUGCUAGCACACAAGAAUAGAAGUGUAGUGGAUGAAGGAGCUGAUCUGUCCUAUGUUGUGGAAAGUGAUGAAGAGCUGGAAAGUGAAAUGCUGAAGUACCUAGAUGGUAUAGAGAACUUGCAGAGAGGUGAGACUAGUGACCCUGGCAACAAGUCCAGUAUGCAGACUGUGACACCAGUGGAGGAAGAGGAGGAUGAAGGAAUUGAGGAAGAGGAUGAUGAGUGGGAUUCUUCCAUUCCAGAACCUAACUCAGAACAGAUAAAAUGCCUUAAGAUGUAUUUUGGUCAUUCCAAUUUUAAACCGGUACAGUGGAAAGUAGUGUACUCCGUUCUGCAGGAGAGGAGAGAUAACGUAGUUGUCAUGGCAACUGGUUAUGGGAAGAGCUUGUGUUUUCAGUUCCUGCCUGUUUACACUGGUGGAAUUGGGAUCGUCAUCUCUCCUCUGAUCUCUCUGAUGGAGGACCAAGUGUUGCAGCUUCAAAUGUCUAACAUUCCAGCUUGCUUCCUCGGAUCAGCACAAACUGAAAAUGUUUUUACCGAUUUAAGAAAGGGUCGUUUUCGAGUGGUGUACAUGACCCCUGAGUUCUGUUCAGGAGGUACCUCUUUACUCCAGCAGCUGGAUAAGGAUAUCGGCAUCACCUUGAUAGCAGUAGAUGAGGCUCAUUGCAUCUCUGAAUGGGGACAUGACUUCCGGGGAGCGUACAGAAAUCUGGGAUCAUUAAAGAGAGCACUUCCUAACGUCCCUAUAGUAGCAUUAACUGCUACAGCAAGCCCUUCGAUCCGACAGGACAUAGUGAAUAGCUUGCACUUGGAUAACCCACAGAUUACGUGCACCAGCUUCGAUCGACCCAACCUGUUCCUGGAUGUCCGGCGCAAGUGUGGAAACAUCACACAAGAUCUUAAGCAGUUUCUUAUUAAAAAUAAAUCAUUUGAUUAUGAGUUUGAAGGCCCCGCUAUUGUUUACUGCCCUUCAAGAAAGGUGACUGAACAGGUCUCUGCUGAACUGUCAAAGCUUGGGAUAAACUGUGCCACCUACCAUGCUGGCAUGGGUAUCAAACCAAGAAGAGAAACUCAUCACAAGUUUAUGAGAGAUGAGAUUCAGUGUGUUGUGGCUACAAUUGCUUUCGGAAUGGGGAUAAACAAGGCAGACAUCCGGAAAGUCAUCCACUACGGAGCCCCCAAAGAAAUGGAGGCGUACUACCAGGAAAUUGGGAGAGCUGGCAGAGACGGAUUACCGAGUGCUUGUCAUGUGGUCUGGGGUUCAGGAGACAUGGCUUUGAACAGGCAACUCUUGAGUAGUGUUAAGAAUGACAAGUAUCGAGGAUAUAAAAUGAAAAUGAUGGCAAAAAUGGAGAAGUACCUCAGCUCGCCCAAAUGCAGAAGGAAAAUCAUCUUGUCCCACUUUGAAGAUAAACAAUUAAGAAAAGCCAGCUUAGGCAUCAUGGGCACUGACAAAUGUUGUGACAAUUGCAGCUCCAGGCAGCUGUAUGACCCCAGUGCAGAUGACACAGAGUCUAACCUGCAGGAUUUUGGGAAGGAAGCCUACCAGCUGAUGUCUGCGGUCGCUGCUCUAGGAGAGAAGUUUGGCACUGCCGUCCCAGUGCUCUUCCUUCGUGGAUCUUAUUCGCAACGGCUGCCAGACAAAUUCCGUAAACUGCCCCUGUUCGGCUGUGGUAAGACCAUCCCUGAAAACUGGUGGAAGGCUCUGGGGCGGCAGCUCAUUACAGAGGGCUACAUGAAGGAAAACUCCGGACAAAACAAGUUUUUAAUCACCUGUGGCUUGGAUCAAAAGGGGAGGACGUGGCUCAGCAAGGCAAAUGAUGAAUCACAUCGAACUCUUUUGCUUCAGCCAAACACCGAAUUGUGUGCCAGGUUUUUCACUGUGCCAGAUCGGUACCAAGCCCCAUCUUCUGCAACCUCUCCAGCCCCAACCAGCAGCCACCCCUCGACCACAGAAUCGUCGAAAUCUCUGAGUUCACAAUUUGCAAAUCCGGAAAGAGAGAGGCUUCAGAGAAUGACUACUUCAACAAAAACAGGCCUGCAGAUUUCAGCAUUCAAGUCUCCACCAAAGACAGCACCUUCACAACCUCAACCUCCUACUGUGUGUCCAAGGGAGCUGGAGCUCCAGGGAGUGUUGUAUGGCAAACUUGUGGCUGGUAGACAGAAGCUGGCCAAUGAGAAGAACGUUCCUCCUGCAGUGCUGGCAACAAACAAGAUUCUCAUUGAUCUUGCAAAGAUUCGGCCAACCACUGUUGAAAAUAUGAAGAGGGUGGAUGGUGUGUCUGAAGCUAAAUCCAGUAUGCUGGACCCUCUGCUGGUUAUCAUCAGUGAAUUAUGUCAGUCAGAAGACCUGGAGGCAAACAAGUUUUCCAGCCCAUCUUGUGGCAUUGAGAGGAAAAGUCACCCUGGGAUGAGCUCUUCAUGCAGUUCUCUUCCUGAUAGUGUUCGUAUCACCUACAAUCUCUUCCAGCAACAGGGCCUGAGCUUGAGGAAGGUCGCUGACUCCAGGAGCUUACCCGUGGCAGUGGUUGGUACCCAUCUGUCCCAGGCCCUGAAAAUGGGGUACCCCCUGGACACUGAGCGAGCCGGACUGACACCUGAAACCCAGAGGAAAAUCACAGAUGUUAUCAGAAGUUCUCCCAUUAAUUCUGACCUGAGCAGACAGAAGGCUAUUCGAGACCUGGUCCCUCAAGACAUAGAGUCCUACCUCAUCAGUCUGACCACCGCAUUACUGCAGAUGCAAAGUGGAAGUGUCCAACCAGGACAGCAGAGCACAGGCCAGUCAGCACCCAAACAAGGCCCCUCAGAUUCCAUCAGCCAGCAACAGAAGGGGACAGUAAAGGAAGAGGCUCUGACCUGGAUUGAAGCAUUGGAGAAACCUGUGAAGAAAAGUGCACCGACAUCCUCGAUGGCAAAGUGUCCGGAGCUGGGUUAUACUGAUGAAAUAGAAGAUGACCUGCUUAGUGACAUGCCUAUGCCAGUAAGUCCGGAGAGCUGCGCAAAGAAUCCUGAUGGGCCUUCGGCCCCUGCUCUGAAAGCUGUGAGUCAGAAGGCUGCUCUUGGGAUGGCUUCUUGGAACCAGGGAGAGCUGGAUGAAGACACUCGGGAGCUCUUUGAGGACUCGCAGUCUCAGGUUGAGCAAAGAGUAGUGGCUCAGCAACACUUCUGCUGACUCAAUGCACUAAUCCCACUGGUAGUGCCCAUCUCACUUCGUGAAGAUCUGUGGGACCAAAUAACAAACUCCAGUUGCCAUGGUGAUUUUCUUUCUUUAUUUUCUGUACCCCAGUGCUCAACCCUGCUGGAGAUCAGACUUCACAUCUUCCAGUGCAAACACACCAUUAAACAUUACACCCUCCCACUGUGAUGCAGAAUGAGAAUAACUUAUUACAGGAUUUGACACAGCCAAACCAUAAUUUUGUUUUGCAGAAUAAAUCAAGGAUUUUAUGUUAUUUUAUGCUGCAUUAUUCUGAAUUAGGCUUUACAGGAUUAACAUAUCCUGGAGCAUUACUGCAAAUGUUAUUCUGUAUAAAACAAAACAGCAGCAACCCUACAGUAGAGAUGGCUCAAAGCUUUUGAAAACAAUUGUUUUAAUUGUAAAUGUAGACAUUUUAACAACAUUGUUUCCCUGUUAAAGACUGCUUGUAUUGACUAGUGUCUGCAGAGAAGCCAGGUUGUACUGGACUUGAAACACGAAACGCAUUUAGGCAAUAGGCAUGUCUACAAUUUGCUAUAACAUGCACAUUUGGAGGGAUAGUGUUUGUAUGCCACACAUGUAUUUAUACAUAUAACAAGGAGCCCACUCAUUCCAAUCAUGAUGAACCUUGGUAAGGACAUCCUUUAGUUAGAAUCAGCAUGUAUAUUAAGGGGCCUGACAUAGAUAUGUUGCAUAUAUGCAGAGAACAGUUUAUCCAAUUCUCAUAAAACAUUUACAAAAAAGUUAUUGAGAGUAUAAUAAUCUGUGGAUAUACAGUAUAGAAACAACUAUCUGUACAUAUUUUCCAAAUUUGCAUUAUUACAUAUACCACUAUACAUUUUUCAUUAUACUGUUUGCCCUAAUUUUGUAUUUACAGCUGUGUCGGUUGGUGUGUGUUAAUGACAAAUGCUGGUGCUUAAACAUGUAACAUUGUUAUGUUGUAAUGAACAGAGCUUUAAAAGGGUUUAGCUUUAAUCAUUGGUCCUACCAUUCUGUCACGAGCACCAGGAUGGACUGAAACUGGGACAGGAAGUCAAGUGUUUAUGCUUAAACUUCUGGUGUUGUGAUAAAAGGGCUUCACAUGUAUAAAUGAGAAAAUGAAGUCUGUAAGAGAUCAGCAGCAGAACAGAAUAAGGGCAUGCCAUAUAAUUGAGCUGAGGCAGCAUUUAUUUAUUUAUUUAUUUGUUUAUUUUUAAGUUGAACUAGUGGCUAACUACAGCAUCUGUAUUUC